AUGUCAAAGGAGAUCCUGGAGGACUUGAAGCUCAACACCAAAUUCACUGAAACCGAAAUCAGUCAGUGGUACGAAAACUUCCAGAAGCAGUGUCCGUCCGGCCGCAUCACACCAGAAGAGUUCGAACAAAUCUACAUGCGCUUUUUCCCAGAGAGCGACGCAAAAACCUACGCCAGGCAUGUGUUCCGCUCUUUUGACACCAACGACGACGGCACUUUGGACUUCAAAGAGUACAUUAUUGCUUUGCAUAUGACCUCCACUGGGAAGACCACUCGCAAACUGGAGUGGGCCUUCUCCCUCUUUGAUGUGGACAAAAACGGAUACAUCACCAAGACUGAAGUCACUGAGAUCUGCCAGGCCAUCUUUAAGCUGAUCCCAAAGGAGGAGCAGUGUAAGCUACCAGACGACGAGAACACACCAGAGAAGAGGGCCAACAAGCUCUGGUCAUACUUUGAAAAGAAAGACAAUGAGCGCCUGGCUGAAGGAGAGUUCAUCAAAGGAGUUAUUGAAAAUGAUAAUGCAAUGCGUCUCAUCCACUAUGAACCCAUAAAAGAAUAA